AUGACAAUACGAAAUAAUUCUUUCAAUAACCUUUCGAAUCUUUGUUACUUAGAAGUUGGUAAACCUUAUUAUCUCGGUAAUAUAUUUCGUGAUUGCAAAAAAAUUAAAAAGAUCGUAAUUCAUUUCCUUUUCUAUAAUAAUAUACGAGACAGAUGGUUUGAUUCUUCAUUAUUAAUUAAUUUUUUAAAAGAUCAAAAAGAAUUGAAAGCUAUACAUUUUUCGAACCGCAUAGAUCGAAAUAGUCGUUAUUAUAAUCAAUCAAAACCAAUUCCAGAGGAAUUAUUAAUACAAAUACAUUCAAUUGAAGAACUUGGUUUGGAUUGUCUCAUGUUACCAUACAAACAACUUAAUACUCUUUCAAAGUUAAAACAUUUAGAAAUUACUCUCCGGAAAUGGAGACCUGAAACUGUUGCUGCAUUCUAUAAUGGAUUAUGUCCACUCUUGGAAGUUUUAAAAUUUCAAGGUCAUCUUCCACCUUUAGAUGUUUUGGCUAAAUUUAUAGGAAAAACGAAAGGUCAUUUACAAUGUUUUUAUAUAAAGAAUCCUAGUCAAAACCAUUAUAACCACACUCAAUUAUUGUUAAAAUCUAUUGCAAAAUCGUGUCCAAAACUUAAUUCAUUAUCUACAAUUAUCAAUAUAACAAAAGAUUUAAGCUUCUUGGAAACUUUAUUAAUUUCAUGCAAUGAAUUGAAAAAUUUCACUCUAAUGAGCAUCGAUUUCAUGAGUCAAUCAUUAUUACAAGAACAAUUGAGAAUGAUGAAUGAAAAUUGGGGUGUUGUUCAUGAAAAAUGCCAAUAUAAGAAACGCAAGAAUAUCGAUUCGAUAAGAUAUAAUAAAUAUCAAAUUAAAUUAAAAAAUAAUCUCAUUGAUCAUUAAAUUUUUUUAAGCGCUAUUUGCAUAUUAUAUUUUUCUGGUGAAAGUUAUAUGAAAAUAUUUAUUCUAU